UUCGCACAGUUUGAAGAUAGCCGGCUGUAAAUGUUUGCCAAACAACAACAGCGUUUGCACGAUACCUGGACAAAUCUCAAUUUGUGUUGAUAGUGGCUCAGAACGACUACAAAUGGCCCUUUGAGGAGUCCACCAAAGGGAUUGUACGGUCAAAAAAAGAGAAGUUGAUCUUCAUUUUUUGUCAUCAAAAAAGAACAAAGGAAUGGAGUUGGACAUAAUGCCACAGAAAAUGAUGGAGAACGAGGAUUUGUCACCCAUCAGGGAUCGUGACGAGAACAUGGAGUCUAUGAAGAAGUAUCCACGACACAGGCACUCGGUGGAAAUGAAGUUGGACUGUAUCAAACGAAUAGAGAAUGGAGAGACAAUGAAGGCCAUCUCCGAGGAGGUGGGAGUUGCCAGAUGUACUAUUCGUUCCUGGGUGAAAAACAAGGACAAUCUCCUUACGCCUAAAGUGAUGAGAAUCCACAAUUCAGAUUCUGAGUUGACGAUAAAACAGGAGCCUGGAGCCUCUGACGUCGAGAGUAAUGGGAAAGGGCCUGACGGGAGUGGUAACUUAAUACCUUUGGGAAUGAAACCGAGACCGAAGCCUAGACCGAAGCCGAAACUCAAGAUGCCAGGACCGAGGGAGCCAGACAUACCUCAGCUUGUCAAUAAUUCGUUGCUCAAGUGGUAUGAGUAUUGUCAGCAGAGGGGCAUUGCUGUUACUAGGGCUCAUUUUGAAGAAAAAACCGACGCCUUCUUCAAAAAACACGGAAUUGAGAACUUUUACAUGACCAAUGAAUGGUUAAUAAAAUGGUGCAAACAGCACGGCUUCCGAGUACUCUCUGAAACUCUCGAAAGCAUCCCCAUAGUCCAGAUUACCGAUGGAGACUUUCAACGUGAGUUGAAGAACACCCUGGGCUGUACAGAUUACCAGAAAUGCCAGGUCUUCAACUGCUCAGUGCUCUCCUGGAGCUACAAGUCCCUCCCAUUAUCUCUGGGAUAUCAAGUGGAGAGAGAGCACCCCCAGGACGACUACAUGAGAGUCUUUUCCUUCUCGAACGCCGACCUGAGUCUGAAAGUGCCCCUGAUCUGUACUUUAAAUUCGGGUAAAAAAAAAUUCUGGAAAAACGAGUUCAAUCUACCUCUUUACUCGACAGAAACAGAUGCCGAGAGACUAGACUCAACGGUUUUCACUCACUGGCUCAAUCAGGAGUUUUCCCCCCACGUCAUCAAAUUCUUAAGUGAGAAGAAUCUCCCCAUGAAAGUCCUUCUGAUCCUUGAUAAGGACAUUUUCGAGGCGCCAAAGCUACCCGUAGAAUUCACAGGUUUGAAGACAAUUAUCGUGUCCAAAACCUCUAGCUUUCUCGUCAGGCCUUUUGACUCUGAACUUGUUGCCCUCAUGAAGAACUGCAAACGCUCAUUUCUGAAGAAAGUCAACAAUAUGAUUCAGGAAAACAAUACUGUCCCCUUGAUCCAACACCUGGAUAGUAUCAAUAAUGGGCACUUCCUUGCCUGGAUUAAGAUGCACUGGAAACGUGGCCCUGAUGGAAUAUCCGAGCCCACUGACACUCAGCUAGUGCGAUGCCUACCAGGGGGCAAGAUACUCAGCCUCGAGACCAUCGAACGGUGGUUCAGGAGGUGUCAACCGGAGAUUAUCGAGAAGAAGGAGAUGCCCAAUGUUGUCAUUAAAAGUGAAUGUGAUACAGAUGCGAUAUCCUCGGAGGAAGCCAAGGGCUGUCUAGACAAGCUUAUCUCCUACUUUAGCUUUCAUAAGAUGUUGGAGAACGAGGAGAUGCAAGUGUUCAAUAAUGCCAAGCAACGUAUUACUGAUAUGCUAGAGGUGAAUAGAGUGGUCUGACUGGAUUAAUGCAGGGAAGUGAGGGCUAGGAAUAUAUGGGUGACGUUUAUUCGAGUUGUUUAAUUUAAAUAACAGCUAUUUGCAUGUUGUACACAUGCAGAUCAUUGACUGGAUUAACCGUUUAUUGUUCCACGUACGAGAAAUUUCAUGGAAACACUUGCAGAAUUUUCGAGAGAUUUGGUUUUGCAAUUUAAUAGGUUUGGAUAUGUUCCUUCAAUAUAAACGUUCGAUAGAAAAUAUUGUAUUUUUUCCUAUGAAAUUUUCUCGUACAUGGAAGCAAUCAAACGGAUUAAUUGUCAAUUGUUGUCGUUUAAUGCACCUGGGCACCAUGUAUUCGUUGGAGUUUUGUGAUACUGAAGCAUUAUGAAUAUUUAGUAGGAAUUCAUCAGUGUAGUUCUUGAAGGACACGGAGAGCUCAAGAACCAAAAUUUUAACUUUCUAACAAAGUUUACAGAGAGAGUUUUUAGAAGUAUUCUACAAUCUCCGUGAAUUUCAGUUGUUUUACGUUGAAGUGAACAUUAUGAAUAAUAUAAUUCAGCUGACAUUUAAGAUUUAUUUGUAUUGAAUAAGCCCAAAGAUGUAAUUAUUCAAGAAGCAAGUGGUUUGCAUGAGCUUUCCACUUGGAUUUCCUUAACAUUUAGUUAUGAAUCGGUGAGGGUAUUUUCAUCAGCGUAUGGAGUCAAUAAUCGUCGGUCAACAGCUGAUAGAACUGAUAUCAAUGGUUAGUACUUGAAAUGAAAUGUUCAAUGAGGUGUGUGAGGCCCUGUAACUGUCUAUUUCACGUGCCAUAGACUCUAGGAUUUCAUUUACGACGAAAUAUCCUAAUUUUUCUUUUAUAUUUUUAUAUUUCAGUAUGUAUAUUGUAUAUCGAUCUUCCUACGAGUGAGGAAAAAACUAUUCAGGUAUUUUAAGUAGUUCUAAUGUGUGAGUUUCGAAAUAAAUCACCGGGGAAGAGCUGUUUUCAUUCCUUCCAUCGUAUUCUUCCAGUGGUCAUCCGAGUAACGAUGAUUUUAUUUCACUGUUCCAAUGGUGGUUCACUCAAUUUAUGCAUCUACCUCAUUCGAACAAUCACCAGGCUCACCCUUGAUUAAUUUAACUUCCAACCAUCUAAAGCGUAAGCAUUCUAUGAUUUAUUGUAUUUUUAACAACGAAAAAGUCUUUUGUUUUUGAUCCUUCUAGGAAAUGUAAGAAUAUUGAUUGUAUUCUAGGCGUUAUCGAGACAAGAUAAUGUUAAUAAAAACAACUAUCGAA